AUGGUGCAGUCGCCUAUGAUAUCCAGUCCGCUGAAACAAACGAGCGAGAUCGACUGGAUACAACCUCUCAAAACCUAUAUCCGGCAGACGUACGGUGACGAUCCAGAGAGAUAUUCGGAGGAAUGCGCAACGUUGAACAGGCUGCGGCAGGACAUGAGAGGCGCUGGCAAAGAUAGCGCGGCCGGACGGGAUCUGUUAUAUCGAUACUAUGUAAAAGCCUCCCUCCUAGCGGCUGUUGCAGGUUACUAUCAGGCCAUUGCAGAUGACGAAGGGACACUGUACGGGAUUUCCAUAGCUCGCCUCCAGCUCGCCGAAAAGCAAGCUAUCACCGCGCUGAGUUGGGCCAAAACUUUCCCAAGCUCUCCCCCCGCGGGCUCAAAUUUAAGUGCAGAUACUGGCCCUAUCUUGCUCGAUCUCACGCGACGACAACUGGCAAAUAUCCAAGAAAAAUUGGCAUCAUUUACCAAGGAUAAUGAUUUUAUAUACCACCAACCGGUCCCUUCUGAACCCAGUUUAUCGACAAUCGCGAAGUUGCCCGCUGCGAAGGCAAUACCCGUGAGUGAAUUAUACCAAGGACAAGAUAUACAGAGAAUAAUCGGACCAGACAUCUUCCAAAAGAUCGUUCCCAUGUCUGUUACCGAAUCAGCAAGCCUGUAUGAUGAAGAGAAGGCAAAACUAGUUCGUGCAGAAGCGGAGAAAGUUGAGGCUGCUAAUGGUGAAAUGGCUGCAAGUCUUGACUACCUCAAAUUGCCAGGAAGUCUGAACAUUCUGAAGGGUGGAAUGGACCAGGAUAUGGAUGUUGAUGAAGAUUUUAAGAUGUGGUGUGAAGAAUUGGCGAAUGCGCCUCCUUUCCGUGAAGCUUUCAACGAGCUGCAGGAAGACAAAAUAUCCAUACUAAGCGUAUUGGACCAGUGCUCUAAACAGCUGGAUAUGGAAGAGAGCGUUUGUGAAAAAAUGCGUUCCAAGUACGGCGCAGACUGGGUUCAACAACCUAGUUCCCGAUUGACAUCGACCUUGCGGAGUGAUGUUCGAAACUACCGCGAUACCAUCGACGAAGCUAGUUCCAGCGACUCACAACUUCUAGUGAGAUUGAGACAACAUGAAGCUGAUUUUGAUGAGAUGCGGUCAGCUGGAGAAACCGACGAAGCCGAUGUUUUGUUCCAAAGGGCGCUGAUUAAGGUUGGGGGGAAACAUAGCAAGGGUCGAAAUGAGCAGGGUAGUCCUUAUAGUGCGGCCCCAGAAACAAAUCUCCUGGGUGAUGACUUCGACGCGAGGAUGUCUGUUACUGAGCAGAUAGCGAGGGUGGAGGAACUGCUUAAAAAGCUGAAUCUUGUGAAAAGAGAUAGAAAUCAGAUUUUGAAGGAUCUGAAAGAGAAGAAAACCAGCUUUUCCAAGCAGAACUUGAGAAAUUCAGACCUCACCAAAAUCGACUAUUACAAGCAAACCACAAGCAAACAGCACUCAUGA